AUGCAAAACACCAGUCAAGGUAAUUUUUCCCUCCAUCCUCCUGCGGUUGGUGUCCGGCCCCUGAAUGAGAAAGCCCUUCUAAUCCAGGCACUGAUAGCCCUCUUCCUCUACGUGAACGUCCUAAUGAUCUUCACUUUUUUCCGAAAGGAGGCCUUCCGUACAAACACUCGCUACAUUCUCUUUGCGCACACCUUAAUCUGUGACUGUGCCUUUCUCAUCAUCACCGACAUCCUCCUGUUGCUCACCGUUGCCCGCAUCGUCAUGCCGACCAGCCUGUGCAUCAUCAUCUGUGCCAUCCUGGUCAACCUGAACAUCGCCACGCCGCUGACGCUCACUGUCAUGAGCAUGGAGCGCUAUGUGUCCAUCUGCAUGCCGCUGCGCCACGCCGAGAUCUCCACGCCGCAGCGCGCCGUGCACGGCAUCCUGGUCAUCCAGGCGCUGUGUUCUGUGCACGUUGUGGUGAUGCUGCUGAGCCUGUUUGUGGCCUAUCCAUUGAGCUUCUACUCAUCCUCCCUCGUCUGCAGCUUGGUCAUGCUGCACGCCUACGCCUGGCAGAAGCACCUGAGCGACGCCGUCUUGCAGCUCUACUUCCUCUUCAUGUCUCUCGUCAUCUGCUUCAGCUACAUCAAGAUCAUGGGGGUGGCGCGAGCAGCGUCCGGGGAGGACCGCAAGUCCAUGAACAAAGGGCUCAAAACGGUGCUGCUGCACGCCCUGCAACUCAUCCUCUCACUCAUUCAGCUCUGGUGUCCUUUUGUCGAAGCGGCCGUUCUGAGGAUUGACUUGAAGGUCUUUGAAACGAUAAGAUACUUUGACUAUAUAAUGUUCAUUCUGGCGCCUCGUUGUCUGGUCCCACUGGUGUAUGGCCUCAGAGAUGAGAGUUUCAACACGGUGCUGCAAUAUUACGCCCUGUUUGGCUGUCACAAGAGAAUCACUCCAGUCCACAUGCACAAGCAAAAGGCCAGGUCAUCAAAGAAACGUGUGGCCCAGGGUGUGUAA